AUGAGGAGCGCUGAAAGGCCGCUCGGCUUCCUUGAUCUCUCAGCAGCUCCGAAACCGCAUCUACAACUUCACUACCGAAACACCAAAUGCAAAAUUGUGCCUUUGCUCGUGGAAACGUUCGCGCCAGCCUCCCCCAAGUCGUAUGCGGACCGCGUGUGGAAAAUCUUUGCCCUCGCGCAGACUAGUAGGCAGAUCCGGGCUGAGUUUGGUCCACUCUGGAUGCGAAAUACUGCUAUCCGGUUUGGAUCAUUCUGGGAUUUAAAGCAGUUCAUCUACAUCUUCAUGCCGAAUCGUGCAGACCGCAAACAUCUACUCAAGAUGUUUGAAAUUACAUGGGAGCAUCGUAUCGAGGACCACAGGAAACUGCACAUCACACCGCUGCUUCGCGACGAUUACAGCGUUGUGAGGCCAGGGAUGGGCGAUGAAGAAUACAAUCGGGAGCAAUUCUUCCACGACCAGAUGGACUAUAUGAAUGUCGUAUCCGAACUUUCACAGACCGCCAACGAGGCCUGGUUAAACAAUUUACGGGAGAGAAAGAUGUCAGUUUUUCUCUCCAUCGAUAUAGUCGGAUGA